AUGACGGAAUCCACGUUUUCUCAUCAAGAAGAGUUACCUGAUCUUCCGCUUCCUGGAUUAGAGGAGACCAUCGAUAAGUAUCUAAAAUCUUUAAUUCCGAUCAUCACCAAAGAUGAAUUGAAUGAUGUCACCAACCUUGCCAAAAAGUUCACCAAUUCCGAAAGUGGUCACAGAAUGCAAAACUUCCUCGAACUCAAAUCAAGUACUUCAAAGAAUUGGCUUGAAGACUGGUGGUACGACGCUUAUACAACUAAUCGAGAGUCUUUGCUCACUCAAAAUAUGGGAGCAAUUAUUCCCAAGUCAUUCAUUCAGAACUGCUCUCAAGUGAGCAUUGCUUCACAGAUUAUUCAUCACAUGAUGACUUAUUGGAGUCUUGUCAGACAAGAGAAAAUUCAAGUGACUAAAAGCAGAGGAACAAACUGGGAUAUGUAUCAAGUUUACAAUUUGUUCAACUCAUGCAGAGUUCCUGCAUUGCCAAAAGACAAAAUUGAAAGAUACUUUCGCACAGAGGCUGAAGGGGGAUGUCCAUCACAUGUCAUUAUUCUAUGCAAUGGUCAUAUAUGGAAAAUGGAAACUGUGCUAGAUAAACAGUUAAUCGGCACUUCUGAAAUUCAAAACUGUUUGAAGUAUAUCAAAGCCAACUCAACAAAAAUUGAUGAAAACACAAUUGUCAAGUUGACUACCUUAGGAAGAGACACAUGGGCUCUGAUUCGAGAAUCCUUGAUUGUUAACAGUAGCCAAAAUCUUGAAAUCUUCAAGACAAUUGAGAGUGCUGCUUUCUGUUUAACCUUGUCGGAUGAUUUCGUGGAAAAUGAUUCCGAAUUGAUGAAAUAUUCUAUUUUUGGAUCUUCAUUAAACACUUAUUGUGACAAGAAUCUGAAUAUAAUUGUUCUCCGGGAUGGAAAAGUUUGUUUGCAAGCAGAGCACGGCAAUGUUGACGCAAUUUCUCUUUUUGCUCCGUGUGACUUUGCCGCCGACCAACUUCAAAAUGAUCCCAAAUUGAAUGAAGAGACUCUUCAAAAUAACAUUUCAACGCCCACUCCUGAAAGAGUUAAGUUCUUGUUGACAGGAUCGGUUUCCUCGAGAGUUUCCGAAGCAGAGAGGAACUUUUUCGCAUUGAGCUCAAGAACCAAUGUGAAUGUAUAUCAUUAUUCAAAUUUUGGAGCGGCAUAUUGCAAGAAAAGAAAAUUGUACGCAGAUACAAUUAUUCAAAUUGCAUUACAAAUGGCUUACUUGAAAACUCAUGACAAAUUGGCUCCAACAUAUGAAACUGCGUCAACCCGGAAAUUUUAUCAUGGAAGAACAGAGACUGUUAGAAGUUUAACCCCAGAUCUUGCAGAUUAUUUGGAGGCGUGUGAAAAUUCCGCUACAAACGAAACACUGAAAACACUGUUUUUUGAUGCCUAUAACUCACACAAUACGUUGAUGGAUGCUGCUCGAGAAGGAAAAGGAAUUGAUAGGCAUUUCCUGGGACUGAGAAAUGCAAAAUCUGCAUUGAAAAGUUACGGGGAAGAACAUGAAACACCUUUCUUGGAUCACUCAUCAUUUGCAGCUAGUGGUGGGAAUGGAAACUUUUCGUUAUCUACUAGUUUUCUUGGAUAUAACGAGAACGGAUGUUUUGGAUACGUUGUCCCGAUGUGCAAAGACGGAUACGGAGCUUUCUAUCGUAUAAACGCAACUAGCUUGACGUUCACAAUCUCCAACUAUUUAGACGACGUAACAAAUGGGGACGAAUUCUGCGAGAACCUUGAGUAUUCUCUCGAUUUCAUCAAGAAUGUGAUUCUGACCAAUGAAUAA